AUGGUUUAUGACAUAGUCAUGUUGAAGGCGAACGUUCAGGUAGAAAUGAUCAUGGAAGCCACGGAAAGACAUGGAAACGGGAAUACUGUACACAGAAUUUCUCUGAUCUACAUUAUUCCCUUCAAUUUCAUAAAUUCAGAGUGGCAUGAGAAUCAUCGCUUUCCAGCCAAGGACAAACUAGAGUCAAAUAAAUGCAAGGCGAGAAAAUUGUUACGAGCUGCAUUUUCGGCGCGUAUCUCCUCCCGGAUAGAAGAACAUCCACCCGCGCGUUACGGUGAUGUUUCACAUCUCUCGUUCACUCCUUCAGGCACGAUGAGGAAAGUGGAGAUUGCCGGCGCUCUUCACGGUGACACCGGCGGCUUUUGCACCAAGAGCCUGGAGAAUUCGUCGCCCCUCGGCUUGUGCUCACCCCUCCUUCGGACUUCAGGGCUGAUAAAUAAGAUUUGGGCUUAG